GCCCAGCCAUGUUGAGGAGUCUGUCAAGCAAACUGCAGCCCGCCAUUGUGUAGAAACCAGGCUCUGUAGGGAGAUAAGGGCGCUUGGCUGAAACUCUUCAAUAGCUAGACAAAUUCUACAGCCUGCCGCUUUAUUUAGGAGUAAAUACAGUUACACAGGCUCCGGGGGGGAAAGACAUGUCAGCCAGCAGCCUCCUUGAACAGAGACCGAAAGGCCAAGCUAAUAAAGUGCAAAACGGAGCUGUGACCCAAAAGGAUACUUUGAAUGAUGAUGAGUUUGAGCCUUACCUGAAUACUCAGGCCAGACAGAGCAAUGCCUAUACGGCCAUGUCGGACUCGUACAUGCCCAGCUACUACAGCCCCUCCAUAGGAUUUUCCUACUCCCUGAAUGAGGCAGCAUGGUCCACAGGUGGGGACCCACCUAUGCCUUAUCUGGCCUCCUAUGGACAGCUGAGCAAUGGGGAACCCCACUACCUCCCGGACGCUAUGUUUGGCCAGCCAGGCCCCCUGGGGAGCAACCCAUUCCUGGGCCAGCACGGCUUCAACUUUUUCCCCAGUGGCAUCGACUUUGCAGCAUGGGGUAAUAGCAGCUCUCAGGGACAGUCGGGGACACCGCAGAGCUCUGGCUACAGCAGCAGCUAUGCCUAUGCUCCCAGCUCAAUUGGCGGUGCCAUGAUCGACGGACAGUCCCCAUUUGCACCUGCUGCCAACGAGCCACUUAAUAAAGCACCUGGUAUGAACAGCCUUGACCAGGGUAUGGCAGGGCUUAAGAUUGGUGGUGGUGCUGCUCCGGGAGGUAAUGGGGACAUGGCUCCUAAGGUGGUCGGCUCUGGCUUGCCUGGGGGUGGUCCCCUUGGCCCUGUAUCAUCUGUUGGACCUCCCAGCAUGCCUCCUGUCUCGAUUACCCCUGCCAAGCCCGCAUCCUGGGCCGAUAUUGCCAGCAAGCCAGCCAAGCCUCAGCCCAAGCUUAAAACCAAGGGUGGCAUGGCUGGCGCAAAUUUGCCUCCUCCGCCCAUUAAACACAACAUGGACAUCGGCACUUGGGACAAUAAGGGCACUAUGCCCAAAGCUGCCACUCCUCAGCAGGUGCCCUCUAUUCCCACCAAUGGGCAGCCGCCAAAUCAGGCUUCACCACAGCCUGGAGCUACUGCUGCAGGGAACCCACAAAUGCCCCUGAGUAAUGGACAGCUGGUUGCACCUGUUUCCCAGAUGGGCCAGCAUCAGCUCCCGCCCAAUGCGCAGGCAGGUAUGACUCAAAUGCCCCAGCCUCCUCUCUCCCAGGGCCCUCCACCUCCAAGCCAACAGCAGCAACCUUCUCAGCCUACUCGCUGGGUCCCUCCACGGAACCGGGCAAAUGGAUUUGGGGAUGCCAGUGGGAGCGGUACAGGCCAGUCACCUCCCACCUCUUCUGGUGUGGGCGUGGUUCCUGGGGUUCCCUCUGAACCUCAUCCAGUUUUAGAGAAGCUGCGCAUGGUCAACAAUUACAACCCCAAGGACUUUGACUGGAAUCCCAAACAGGGGCGGGUGUUUAUCAUCAAGAGCUACUCAGAGGAUGACAUCCACCGCUCCAUCAAGUACAACAUCUGGUGCAGCACAGAGCAUGGUAACAAGAGGCUUGACACGGCUUACCGUUCACUUGGAGGCAAAGGGCCACUUUAUCUUCUGUUCAGCGUCAACGGGAGUGGUCACUUCUGUGGGGUAGCGGAGAUGCGCUCACCCGUGGACUACAACACGUCUGCUGGCGUGUGGUCGCAGGACAAAUGGAAGGGUCGUUUUGAUGUGCGCUGGAUCUUUGUUAAGGACGUUCCCAACAGUCAGCUGAGGCACAUUCGACUGGAGAACAACGAAAAUAAGCCAGUGACCAACUCUCGGGACACACAGGAGGUGCCGCUGGAUAAGGCCAGGCAGGUGCUUAAGAUCAUCGCUGGAUAUAAACACACCACUUCCAUCUUUGAUGACUUUUCUCACUACGAGAAGCGUCAGGAGGAGGAAGAGUGUGUGAAAAAGGUGGAGGUCCAAGGCAGCGAGCCAUAUCCCAGCAACCCAAGCAACAGGAGUCAUUACAGGCUUCAGGAGCGCCAAGGACGAGUCAAGUAACAGUUGGUGAUUUGGUCUAAAGACUGCAAUGGCCCCCUCUAAAGCCCUGUCCACCCCAUUACGUCAUUACAUCCAGAUCUCUAAGAAAUUCUUAUAGGGGUGAAGAAUUAACAAAGGACAAAAAAACUAAAUGAAGACUUUGAUUUCUUUUGACUUUAAAGACUUACUUCGAACUUGUAGUAAAAAAAAGAAAAAAAAGAAAAGGAAACGAUUAUCAUAGGACAACUAAAUGCAUAGCAUCCUUAGGUGAAAUUUUUUUUUUUGCCCCACCCCAUUCCACUACAUAUGCUUUUUUCCUUGUAUGCUGCUCUUUCCUUUUUCCCUUUUUUUUUUUUUUUUUUUUUUAAAUGAAAGGAUCGUUUCUGUUUUUAUGGUCCAAGAGCAAGUCUGUAAUUCUCACACAAACACACAAAUCCAAUAGAAGUUUGUAGUGUUGGCUAAUAUAGUGCCCCAAAGUGAAGAAUGGGCAGUUUGUCUCAUUUUCUUUGUAACCCCUCACAUCAGCCCUUUGUCUUCUGAGGAUGCACAAAUCUUCAACCAGGACCCAACAGAGUUUCUUCCUUGGCGGAUUUUCAUCGUAGGCGGGUGCCAACUACGCUCACUCCAGAAUCUUUUGUACAUGCCUGCCAUGUUUUUGUUUGAGAGGACUGCAGAUGUUCAGAAAGGCCCUCUGUUUUGUUUUCCCAUGCGUUGGAUGGAGUAUGUGGGGGAGGACGGGUCGGGAGGAUCUGGAGAGGAAGAGUAGGGAAUGGGGUCAAGUGUUUGAAAGCAGAAGAAAUGUUAAGUUGAUGAGCCUUGCUCACUGUAAGAUGUUUAUGGUCUAAAAAAAUUGGGGCCCUCUUCAUUGGACUUAAUUUACCCUCUUUUUUUCUUUCUCUUGGACAGUUAAUUGUUGCUACGAGCUGCUUUCUUUUCUUUUUUUUUUCUCCUCCUUCCUCGGUUUUUCUAAAGACAGUGAUGCGAGUGGCCUUGCCCCCACUCUUUCUAUUAAUCAGUUCAAAGUAAUAAAUGUGGUAUAUUCAGCAGAACGGUGUGCAUUCCCCUUGUUUGACUGUGGAAAGCAGUUUUGUCAUGCAAGCAUGUCUGCGUUAAUGUUUUAUUUUUUUUCUCCCUCAUGGGUAUAUGAAUGUUUUUUUUUCUGCUAACUUUCAUAUCCAAUCCCCCCCGCUCCACCUUCUUCCACCAGCCUUCAAUUUACGCCAUAGCACUCUGCAUUUCUUAUCGCUCUUCUUUCCAAACCUGCCUCCACACUCCCAGAUUCCUGUCUGCUCAGUCGACCAUACAUAUUAUAAUAUCACAAUCAGCUUCAACCAUUUUGAGAAUGUCAUUGUUGGUGAGUAAAAAAAAAAAAAAAAAAAAAA